GGAAGAGGGGGGGGAGGGUACCCUUACUUUACACAUAUGUUUCGUAUUUCAAGAUUAGCUACUCAAGGCUUUAAGACAAGACUUGCUUAUCGGCCCAUUUUUAAUUCAAAAAAAAUACCUGUAUCUCCCAUCCAUACUUUGAUUUGGAAACGAAAUUUUUCUUGUACAAUAUUUAAUCCCACAAAAGACAAUGAAAAUAAAGAUCAGCUUAAAAUGGAAAUAGAAGAUGAUCUUGAAGUUAUUGAUCCUCAAACUCUUAAAGAACUUUUACCUAAUGACGAACUUGAAAAUGAAGAAAUUGAUAAUGAAUGGUUUGUAGACCCAGAAUGUGAGACGCUUACAGAAAAAGAUUUCAUACCUCUGUGGCAACGUCGUACUAUAGGAGAGCAUAUGGAAGAACGUUUAGCUCUUCAAAAGACUUCAAAAGAAUUAAUGGAGUCAGGAAAAUUGACUGUAGAAAAAUUGGGUGACUUAUUAGAAGAAAGUAAAAUGGAUGAUAUUAAAAUAAUUAAUGUGAGUGAAAAGUGUGAUUGGGCAGAUUACAUGAUCAUUGCCUCUAGUUCAAAAGGAGAUAAAUAUUUGAGUAGUGUAGCCGAGCAUGUUAAUAGUGUGGUAAAGAAAGCAGUUUCAACAAAUCCUGAAAAGUUAAGAAUACAAUCCCGUAUUGAAGGCAGGGAUGGAAGUUCUGGUUGGCUUUUAAUUGAUUUAGGACGCAUCAUUAUUCAUUUAUUUACACCUGAAAUGAGAAAAACAUAUGACUUGGAAGGUCUAUGGGAUUCUAUUUCAACAGAUCCUACACAACCACUUUCAAUAAAAGAAUAAUUUUUAUACAUAUAAAAAAAAGAAAAAAAAAUUAUUCUAUUUUAUUUGUUAUAAGCC